CGUAGCAACACAACAAAACUACAACGCCCAUAAUGCACUGCGUCUGAAACGCAGCCGCGUGUCUUCCGACCGCCGAGCUUUUGACGGAACCAGCUGAGAGAGAGAGUCCGGCUUCUCUGUACAUACGUGACACAUAAAGCCUAUCAGUGAUCUUAUUGUCGACUGGCCGGUGGUCAUGUCUCCUCCUCGUCUCACUGGAGCCCUGCGCUCAUUCUCUAAUGUCAGCAAACAGGAGGACUUCACACAUGAUGUCUAUGAUUUAAAGACUAAGCGCCUUAAAAGGCAGAAAAUAUUUGCUCAGGAAGGUCUGACGUGGCAGAAGAUUGUUCAGUUUGUGACCCAACAUCUGGAGAAGAGAGAUCAGGCAGUGGUCACUCAGGAACUAAAGAAUGUCCUUCAAGCCGCCAAACAGAUUGUUGGUAUGGAUUUUGGGCAGGACACUAUUGAAAGUGCCGGAGUCUUCUUGUUUAAAACAUUUCACAACAAGGACCAAGUCGGCUAUGAGGAGACCAGGGCCAUAAAACAGAUGUUUGGACCUUUUCCAGCCUCCGCUGCUGAGAUGUCAUGUGCUGCUGUCGGUCGUUUAGUGGCACAAAUUGGAGAAAGUCAGGUGGAGGCUUUCAUCCAAACGCAGAGUUCCCUUAAGACUGUGGACCGAGGUGCAGUCUUUGGCAGAAAUAUAGUCUUCUCAUUUGACACAUACAUGCUUGAUGCUCUGGAUACUGUGCCCUGGACAGAGGGAUCGGAUGUAGAUCUGGACAUGGACUUCCACAACUUCCUACAUAACCAUGUCGGUGAGCGAAGGGCUGGGGUUGAACAAGACAAUGCAUACUCAGCUGAGGAGCUGGGAAACACAGACAGUUCUAUUCUACGACAGGAGGUAGAAAAAUACCUCAAUGAAGGAAACAUGGUGUCAUCCAGUGCAGAAGAGCUUUCCACGUCUCUUUUCGAGAUGCUGGCCUCCACCAAGAGUGAUGACGAGCUACAAAAUGAGCUGUUUGAGUUUCUAGGUCCUGAGGGCUUUGAGAUGAUCUCUAUGCUCCUCCAGAGAAGGUCAGACAUUGUGGACUCUCUGUUGUCUAUGCCGUCAGACAUCAGAUCUCACCACACAUCAGGCAAAAACAAAGGAAUUGACAAAGGAAUUGGUGAGUCCACCAAGCCCACGUACGGCUGUCAGGUGACCAUCCAGUCUGAACAGGAGAAACAGAUGAUGAAGAUAUACAGAAAAGAGGAGAAGAGAGAGAGAAAACGAGAGAAACGGGGAGAUGAAGGGGAGUCCUGGGAGAGCACUUUUCAUUUCGACCCUGUGGAGCUGAGACUGCAGAGAGAGCAGGCCUUGCUGAAUGCACGUUAUUCUCCGGUGUUAGGCCGACACAGAGAAUAUGAACGCAUCCGCUACCCUCACGUUUAUGACUCUUUCGCUGAGGCCACAAAGACUUCUGCCUUCGUCGGAGGAUCCAAGAUGCUGCUGCCAGAGGGGAUCAAACGAGAAAAUACCAAGAUGUAUGAAGAGGUUGAGAUCCCACCCAACCAGCCCAUGCCCACUGGAUUUGAGGAGAAACCCGUGUACAUCUCAGAGCUGGACGAGAUUGGUCAGUUGGUGUUUAAGGGCAUGAAGAAGUUAAACCGAAUCCAGUCUAUAGUGUUCGAGACGGCUUACAACACUAAUGAGAACUUGCUCAUCUGUGCCCCCACUGGGGCUGGCAAGACCAACAUCGCCAUGCUCACCGUACUGCACGAGAUCCGUCAGCACCUGCAGCCCGGAGGUGUCAUCCGCAAGGACCAGUUCAAGAUAGUAUAUGUGGCUCCGAUGAAGGCCCUGGCUGCUGAGAUGACUAAUUACUUCAGUAAGCGAUUGGAGCCUCUGGGCAUCCUUGUCAAAGAGCUGACGGGAGACAUGCAGCUGACCAAAGGAGAAAUCCUCCGAACUCAGAUGCUGGUGACGACUCCAGAGAAAUGGGAUGUGGUGACCAGGAAGAGUGUGGGUGACGUGGCUCUCUCCCAGAUUGUCCGACUGCUCAUCCUGGAUGAAGUUCAUCUUCUACAUGAGGAUAGAGGUCCAGUUCUUGAGAGUCUGGUGGCCAGGACACUGCGUCAGGUGGAAUCGACACAGAGUAUGAUUCGCAUACUCGGCCUCUCUGCAACUCUGCCGAAUUAUCUGGAUGUGGCAUCUUUCCUGCAUGUGAACCCUUUCAUUGGACUGUUCUACUUUGACGGUCGUUUCCGUCCUGUUCCACUUGGCCAAAGCUUUGUUGGCAUCAAGACCACAAAUAAGAUCCAGCAACUUCAUGACAUGGAGGAAGUGUGUUAUGAUAAAGUCCUACAGCAGAUCAAAGCAGGACACCAGGUGAUGGUAUUCGUGCACGCCCGCAACUCGACCGUACGUACAGCCAUGAGUCUGAUUGAGAUGGCCAAGAACCGAGGAGAGAUGUCUUUCUUUCAGGUGGACCAGGGACCAGAUUAUGGCCAGUGUGAGAAACAGAUCCAGCGCUCCAGAAACAAGCAGAUGAGGGAGAUGUUUCCUGAUGGCUUUGGAAUCCAUCAUGCCGGAAUGCUACGUCAGGACCGUACGCUGAUGGAAAACAUGUUCUCCAGAGGUUACCUGAAGGUUCUGGUGUGUACAGCCACGCUGGCCUGGGGUGUUAACCUGCCCGCUCACGCUGUCAUCAUCAAGGGCACUAAUAUCUAUGAUGCCAAGCGUGGUGCCUUGGUCGAUCUGGGCAUCCUGGACGUCAUGCAGAUCUUCGGUCGUGCUGGGCGGCCUCAGUUCGAUAAGUACGGCGAGGGAACCAUCAUCACGACCCAUGACAAGCUGAGCCAUUACCUGACGCUCCUGACCCAGCAGAAUCCCAUAGAGAGUCAAUUUCAGCAGAGCCUCGCUGACAACCUCAAUGCUGAGAUAGCUCUAGGGACCGUCACUAACGUGGAUGAAGCCGUCAGGUGGUUGAGUUACACGUAUCUCUAUGUCCGGAUGAGAGCCAAUCCGCUUGUUUACGGGAUCAACCACAAGGCCUAUCAGAUGGACCCACAGUUGGAGCUCUAUAGGAAGGAGUUAGUGCUGGAGUCUGGCAGAAAACUGGAUAAGGCUCGAAUGAUUCGUUUUGAUGAGAGAACCGGUUAUUUCGCUUCCACAGAUCUUGGCAGAACAGCCAGUCAUUACUAUAUCAAAUAUAACACCAUCGAGACGUUCAAUGAGCUGUUUAACUCACAGAAAACUGAAGCAGAUAUUCUGAGCAUCGUUUCAAACGCUGAAGAAUUUGAGCAGAUAAAGGUUCGAGAUGAAGAAAUGGAGGAACUAGAGACGAUGUUGUCGGAUUUCUGCGAGCUGCCAGCAGCCGGAGGUGUGGAGAACGGCUACGGCAAAAUCAACAUCCUACUUCAGACGUACAUCAGCCGUGGAGAGGUGGACAGCUUCUCGCUCAUAUCUGAUCUGUCUUAUGUAGCGCAGAACGCAGCUCGUAUCGUGCGGGCUCUGUUUGAGAUCGCUCUAAGGAAGCGCUGGCCGGCCAUGACCUACCGUCUGCUCAACCUGUGUAAAGUGAUUGACAAGCGUCUGUGGGGAUGGGCUCACCCGCUGAGACAAUUCAGCACGCUGCCUUCAUCUGUACUCACCAGACUGGAGGAGAAGAAGCUCACCGUCGACAAACUCAGAGACAUGGGCAAAGAUGAAAUCGGUCACAUGUUACACCACGUCAACAUCGGGCUGAAGGUGAAACAGUGUGUCCAUCAGAUUCCUGCCAUCCUGAUGGAGUCCAGCAUUCAGCCAAUCACACGCACCGUCUUGCGCGUACGCCUCAGCAUCACCCCGGACUUCAGGUGGAACGAUCAGGUCCAUGGUUCAGUUGGAGAGCCCUGGUGGCUGUGGGUUGAAGACCCCAUCAAUGACCACAUCUACCACUCUGAGUAUUUCCUGCUGCAGAAGAAACAGGUUGUGAGUGGUGAGCCCCAGCAGGUGAUCUUCACUAUACCCAUCUUUGAGCCAAUGCCCUCUCAGUAUUACAUCAGAGCCGUGUCUGAUCGCUGGCUGGGCUCUGAAGCCGUCUGUAUCAUCAACUUCCAGCAUCUGAUACUGCCAGAGAGACAUCCACCACAUACAGAGCUCUUGGACCUUCAGCCGUUGCCCGUGACCGCUUUGGGAAACAGGGAGUAUGAGAGUUUGUAUAAGUUCACCCACUUUAAUCCCAUUCAGACUCAGAUCUUCCACACUCUCUAUCACACCGACACCAACGUCCUGUUGGGUGCCCCCACUGGCUCAGGCAAAACCAUUGCUGCAGAGAUGGCCAUGUUCAGGGUCUUCAACCAGUACCCAACCUCGAAGGUGGUCUACAUUGCCCCUCUCAAAGCUUUGGUCAGGGAGAGAAUUGAAGACUGGAAGAUCAGAAUAGAAGAGAAACUUGGCAAAAAGGUGGUUGAGUUAACUGGUGACGUUACUCCAGACAUGAGGGCCAUAGCACAGGCUGACCUGAUCGUAACAACCCCAGAGAAAUGGGAUGGAGUCAGUCGCAGCUGGCAGAACCGUAGCUAUGUGCAGAAAGUGGCUAUUCUCAUCAUAGACGAGAUCCAUCUUCUGGGUGAGGACAGAGGGCCGGUUCUAGAGGUCAUAGUGUCCAGGACCAACUUCAUCUCAUCACAUACCUCCAAACCAGUGCGAGUUGUCGGUCUGUCUACUGCGUUGGCGAAUGCGCGAGAUUUAGCCGACUGGCUGGGCAUCGGACAGGUGGGACUGUUUAAUUUCCGUCCCUCUGUUCGUCCGGUUCCAUUGGAGGUGCACAUCCAUGGCUUCCCGGGACAACAUUACUGCCCCCGGAUGGCCAGCAUGAACAAACCUGUUUUCCAGGCAAUCCGAACUCACUCACCUGCCAAACCUGUCCUCAUAUUUGUGUCAUCACGGCGUCAGACACGCCUCACGGCUCUGGAUCUCAUUGCAUUCCUGGCCACAGAAGACGACCCCAAACAGUGGCUUCACCAGGAUGAGAGAGAGAUGACAGAUAUCAUCGGCACUGUUAGAGAGUCAAACCUGAAGCUCACUCUGGCAUUCGGGAUCGGGAUGCAUCAUGCGGGACUUCACGAAAGAGACCGAAAGACGGUGGAAGAGCUGUUUGUCAACUGUAAGAUUCAGGUGUUAAUAGCCACGAGCACGCUAGCAUGGGGCGUCAACUUCCCCGCUCACUUGGUGAUAGUGAAGGGCACAGAAUAUUAUGAUGGAAAGACGCGACGCUACGUGGAUUACCCCAUCACAGAUGUUCUUCAGAUGAUGGGUCGAGCGGGACGGCCACAGUUCGAUGACCAGGGAAAAGCUGUUAUCCUCGUGCACGACAUCAAGAAGGAUUUCUAUAAGAAGUUUCUGUACGAGCCCUUCCCUGUGGAGUCGAGUCUUCUGAACGUGCUCUCUGAUCACCUGAACGCUGAAACGGCAGCGGGUACCAUCAACUCAAAGCAGGACGCCAUGGACUACAUCACCUGGACGUACUUUUUUCGCAGGCUGGUCAUGAACCCCAGCUACUAUAAUUUGGAUGAUGUCAGUCAUGAAACUAUCAACAAAUAUCUUUCAAACCUUGUGGAGAGAAGUCUGAGAGACUUGGAGUGUUCUUACUGCAUACAAAUACACGAGGACGAACGCACCAUCGAGCCGCUGACAUACGGUCGCAUCGCAUCUUACUAUUACCUGAAACAUCAGACCAUUGGCCUGUUUAAAGAGAGACUGAAGUCAGAUCUGCCUAUCCACGAGCUGCUGAGCAUCCUGUCGGAUGCCGAGGAAUACGCUGAGCUCCCUGUACGUCACAAUGAAGAUCAAUUAAACAGUGAUCUGGCUCAGCGGCUCCCCCUGCAGGUUAACCCUCACUCGUACGACAGCGCCCACACCAAGACACACCUGCUCUUACAGGCACACUUCAGCCGAGCACAACUACCGUGUAGUGACUACGGAACGGACACCAAAACCGUACUGGACAAUGCCCUCCGAAUUUGCCAGGCUAUGUUGGAUGUAGUGGCUAAUGAUGGCUGGCUGGUGUCUACGCUGAACAUCUGUAAUCUCAUACAGAUGAUUGUUCAGGCCAGAUGGCUACAGGAUUCUUCUCUACUCGCUAUUCCUCACAUUGAAAAACAGCAUCUCUAUGUGUUCAGGAGGUGGAGCUCCAGAGGUGCGAGAGGCGGAGGAGGCUAUCGAGGUCCGAUCGAGACACUUCCCGAGCUAAUGGCCGCCUGCGAUGGGAAAGAAGACAACUUUGUCUCGAUGGUGACGGAGGUGCUUCAGUCCAAUCAGAUCUUUCAGGCAUGGUCUUAUCUGAGUCACCUGCCUGUCGUUGAGGUCUCUUUGAGUGUUAAGGGCUGGUGGGAGGGGUGUCAGGAACAGACGGAGCGCGCUCUUCCGGCUAACGUCAUCAACAUUAGGGACGAGUCCAGCUGGUUGCCGCUACAUGCGGAUCAGGAGUACGUCCUACAGGUGUCUGUACGCCGUCUAAACAUGGGCCAGCAAAAAAGAAAGCAGGACAGCAAGGCUCAGGCACAACGCUUUCCAAAACCUAAAGAUGAAGGCUGGUUUGUCGUUCUCGGGGAAGUGGAGAAAAAAGAGCUGCUGGCCAUCAAACGUGUGGGAUACAUACGCAAUCGCACCAGCGUGUCUGUGGCCUUUUACACGCCAGAGAAGACUGGAAAGUGUAUCUACACACUGUACCUGAUGAGUGACAGCUAUCUGGGCCUAGACCAGCAGUAUGACAUCCAUCUGAACGUCAUUCCAGCCAGCGUUUCAGCACAGGUCAACGCUGAGAUAUCAGACACAGGGUCUGGGAAGUAAACUGUGGUGACUUUAUAUGAAUAUUGAAGGGUAAAAAUCUUGACUUUUUGCAAACUUCUAGAAAUGCCUACACUGCAGACCAAAGAUGGUUGGUCAUUGAACAUCAUAACUUACAGUUGUUAAAUUUGUGUGUGAUGUGUGUGAGAUAUGAACUGGAGCGGGACGCUUGUGAAGGUGUGACGAACAUCCUGAGAUGAUUCACAGUUCUGCUUAACCUGUUAUCUUCACUUCAUCCAUGAUAUCAUGCAGUGGGUCAUUUUUCAAACAUUACACUUGUUUAAUAAGACCAAAGAAAAAAAUGAUGUUGCAAUAUUGCAAAUGCAAUGUGUUCUGUAUAAUGAAUAACUGUUAAAUGUAAAAUAAAAGCAUGAUGCAGUAAAAUA